AUCGAACAUCUGCUCGCUAAACCAGAUCGAUCGGGUACAGCAUCGACUUCGUCCGCCGCAUGCUAUCGUGGGAUGGAUGAUCGUGUCGCUAGCUCCUAUCCCAUCGCUCACCCUGCCCAACUGCACAACAGUAUGGUUUAUCAAACGUUAAUGACUCGCAGUGCGUCGGCAGUUGAGUUUUUGGAUGUGAAUAAAAAUGAAACGAGUGCUGUUCCGUUUGCCGCUGAUCGCCCACCGUCGGAACGGGCAGCAUCUUCUUCGCCCGAGUCAAGCUGCAAUGAGGAUACGAUGGAUAAUUGUUCGGAGAUCGCUUCCGAAGGAAGUGCUAGUGGAGGACUGGCUGCUCACGAUGAUAGAAAGAAACGACCACGCACUGCAUUUUCUGCGGCUCAGAUCAAAGCAUUGGAGACGGAGUUUGAGCGCGGCAAGUACCUAUCCGUCGCCAAGCGUACCGCACUGGCCAAACAGCUACAUCUAACCGAAACUCAAAUCAAGAUAUGGUUCCAAAACCGACGCACCAAGUGGAAACGCAAAUAUACAGCGGACGUUGAGUCACUCGCCUCACACUACUACUCCCAGCUUGGCAUUGGAAGUUUUGCCCGUCCGAUGGUCGUUGGGAUCGGAAUGCCACCGGGAGCGUACCUUUCCAGUAUACCCUCGGCGGCAGCAGCUGGACCUGGCGGAUUUCUACACAAAAUUCCUUCAACAUCGCCCCAAAGUCGAAUGGCACAACCGCUUGGUUUGAGGCCACUGUCGUCGGGAGAACUCUUGGAAGGGGCCUACUACACUGCAGCUGGAAUGCCCGGACCAAAAUUUAAUCCAAAUGAGCUAAUCAACGGAGGAUUGCUGGCAACGGAUGGUAACAGUUCGGGAAUAGCCGAUCUUGAGCGUGCUUUUGGCAAUCCGAGCAAUAUGAUCGAGAGUCUAGCAACGUCCAAUCCAACUGAAGCAUCGAUCGCUGGUGGCGUGCGUACCGGCGGUAAGAAGGGUGCCGAUUUGAUGAACAACAACGAAUGUGCCAUUAAGGAUGGAUUGGCCUCCAGCGAGCAGGAUUCGUCGAGUGAAAUAGAUUGUGAAGAGAUUGAGGAUGAAGCAAUGAUUUGA